AUGUCUGAAGACACCGCUUGUACGCUGGGCAGCGUCAUCAAAAUGCCCAUCACCGAUCAACAGCCCGAGAACGAGCAGCCUCUCACGGUACUUCAUAAAAGCUACCUCUCAAAAUUGCUUCACUCUUCUACUGAUCCUGUGGCCGGACCCAGUGAUCCUAACGAGCCCUGCACCAAGACUCCCAUGUUUGUGGGCGACAAAAUUCGCGAGAGCCUCGACGUAGAAGAUCUUCUGAACCUUCGCCUCGUCAACAAGGCUGUAAAGUCUUGGGUCGAAGGACAGGACUUCGACUUCUCUGCUAAGGCCUUUACGACCCUGCACCUGAAUCGUCGACUCUACAACCGACUUGACGAACAGCUUUCGCUCAAGGCUCUGCAGAACAUCGCCCGCUUCUGCUCCCACUUCGUGAUCGACCUUGAAGACAUGCUCAAUCCCGUGUCUCCUCUCGUCUAUGCUGGAGUCCCGGUUUUCGACACGGAGAACAAGUCAAUCUGGAUGCAGCUCUUCACAAUCCUAGGCUCGAUAUGCACGUUGAAAAUCUCUGCGCCCGGCCAGCCAGACUGGCACAGAUUCGGAUCUGGCGAGGCUCUUCUUGAAUCCAUCCGCGUCGCUCUGGAGGUGACCCUGCCGGCUGGAUUGCGUGAUAUCACGCUGUCCCCCAUCAACGCGACCGGUCUCCUGCACUUUCGCUGGCGCGGAGCCGCCUUCAAGGAAACCACGUGGAUGGCCGAGGCUUUUUGGAGCCGUCUUAGGACCCUCCACAUCGACCUCCACAAUCCUCUUCCAUACUACAGCAAGUCGAACCAGAAGGACUUCACAAAGGCGCUUCAUGACUACCUGGGCAGCUUCUCCCAUUCCCUAGAGAUUCUCCGCUUCUCUUGGAUCGGAACCGUUGGACCGAACCCGCUCCUACUCGACCUCCGCUACGGCGGCCACAACUUCAGCUCUCCGGCGAUCAAGUGGUCUACUUUGACCACACUUCAUCUACAGAACAUCCUCGCGCAUAGCGAGGACCCCGACGUUCUUAUGAGCGCUCGCUGUCCCAAUCUCCACACUCUGAAGCUGGAAGACAUACAGAUGUUGGAGAAGUUCGAGACCAUUCACUUAGAGGAAGACAACAAGAGCGACGACAAUUUGGAGCACGUGAUCUCCAGGGAUGGCAGCCCAGUCCUCUUCUCAAUCUCUUCGGAAUAG